CACUCUUAAAUGGGAAGUAGUAAGCCUCGGUGAAGUUGCCAUUAAAAUUGUACAGAAAAUGGCAACUUUUGUGACCCACUGUGUACUCUUAUCAAAUCGGAGAAUUACCUUGCUUACUCUGAUUUUCAUUUUAAUACCCAUUCUACCGCUUAGUACCGCGUUAGAGCAGGGGAAAUGGACUCUGAAUGUGGACAACGAAUUAAUAAAGAAGCAAAACUACUUCUAUUUCUCAAAGACUAUGUUUAAUAAGUCCAUGAUUGAAAUAAAAUGGCUCAAAGAAGACUGCAAUACUCCUGUAAACCUGAGUAUAUCAUGGUAUCUACGCAGCUGCCGGUGCUUUGAAGAAGCAUUUGAUCUAGAUCAACAAAGGGCGAUAAUGCACUUCGACAGAAGAAAACUGUUAAAGAGCGGUGACAGUGGUUAUUUUAUCACCCACAAAUAUAAUUUGAUUGAAUGCAAACACAUGACCACAAAUGCGUUAGCGGUGCCCGAGCCUGAUGAGAAAGAACAGCUAGUAACAGAUAAUACAAUACAGAGGAGGAGGAGAGAAAAUGAGGUCUUGAAAACCACUGCAAAGGUGAUAGUGUCAGUUGGAAAAAAUCAGAGCCGUACACAAAAUACAGUGGCACAGACGUGGGAGGACAGCCCUUACAUGUUCAUUAUCAAAGUUGAAACUCCAGGCUUAAAUGGAGAGACAAAAUGGAGUGUUACAUUGGAGGUCAGCAUGAUUGGGCCCCAUCAGUAUAUUUCAGCAUCAGAAUGGCCUCUGAUGAUUUUCUACAUGGUGAUGUGCAUCAUUUAUGUGCUGUUGGGUGUGCUGUGGCUUGCUCUUUCUGCCUGCUAUUGGAGAGACCUUUUGCGUAUCCAGUUUUGGAUUGGAGGUGUCAUUUUCCUGGGCAUGCUGGAGAAGGCUGUCUACUAUGCAGAGUUCCAAAGUAUCCGCUAUGAUGGACUUUCAGUCCAGGGUGCGGUGGUAUUUGCUGAGGUAUUGUCUGCUGUGAAGAGAACUCUGGCUCGUGUGCUUGUGAUAAUUGCCAGCCUGGGUUAUGGUAUUGUCAAACCGAGGCUUGGUGCAUUGCUGCACAGGGUUGUAGGAGUAGGACUUCUGUAUCUCAGCUUCUCUGUUGUUGAGGGUAUUCUCAGAGUCAAUUCGGGACAGGGGAGCUCCAGCAGACUACUGUGUGACAUUGUUCUGGCUGUCACUGACUCUUGCAUUGUGUGGUGGAUAUUUAUAAGCUUGGCACAGACCAUGAAGCUUUUGCGACUCAGGAGAAACGUGGUUAAGCUCUCUCUUUACCGCCACUUCACCAACACUCUCAUCUUUGCAGUUAUAGCUUCAGUGAUUUUCAUCAUUUGGACAACGAAGACCUUCAAGUUAUCAAAAUGCCAGUCUGACUGGAGGGAGAUGUGGAUAGAUGAUGCAUUCUGGCGUUUUCUGUUUUCUACUAUUCUACUUGUCAUCAUGUUCUUGUGGAGGCCAUCUGCAAACAACCAGAGGUAUGCUUUUAGCCCACUCGUGGAUGAGAUUAGUGACGAGGAGGAGGCAGAGCAACUAGUGAAUGAAGCCUUUGAGGGUGUAAAAAUGAGAGGUUUUAAAUCUGAGACCAAUGGAAGUGUGAAACCUGCUAAAGUGGAUGAAGAUCUAAAAUGGGUCGAAGAAAACAUCCCCACUUCGAUGGCUGAUGUUGCACUUCCUCCUUUGUUGGACUCAGAUGAGGAAAUCAUGACGACAAAAUUUGAGAUGUCAAAAAUGGAAUAGAAUUCUGUGUGUAUGUGUUGUAAAUAUUGAGUGUCUGUGACUGUAAACACCUAUUUUAUCUUGAAUUAUAAGUGAUAUAUAUAUAUGUAAAUAUGUGGGAUGUGAAUAAUGAGAGGUAUCAUUCUGAUAGACAAUUACUGUUUUGCCUGUAUUGCCUGGUUGUAUUUAUAUUUUCAUUGAAAAGGUGUUUGGUUCUUCAGCCCAAACCUUAAUCAGAUUUGACAUUUGUUUACAUAUCUGAACUACAAAAUGUGAUUAAAACCUGCUACUUUAUACUUUUAAGAUGAGUAUCUUUCCACACAUGGUGUUCACAUGACCAUUAGGGUCAUCUCUCUGGACUGUCACCAAUCGAACAGACUGCUUUUCAAGAGGUUUUUGGCUAAAGUGAUUUUAAAUGUUUCAUGAGUUAUAGCUAACACACAUUUUACUCCAGGGUAUCUGAGAAUAAAAGCAGUGGACAAUUUAGGUUUUAGUUCAAUGAUGCAGACUGUAAAGGGCUGAGUUUGUCAUGAGAAGUGUCAAAAAUCAGAAGACAAGUGUUUAAGUUUUUUGUUGUUGGCAUAUUUAUUUACAUUUUCUUUUCUGUGAAAUCUGAGGUACUUUUGUUCCCCAAAAAUAAAAAGGCAUGUCUCAGUUUUACUAUCUAAAAAAAUACUUUUUUUUAAGUCUAACUUUAAAGUUUUAUAUCUCAAAACAGCUAAGAAUGCAGAAAGAACCAUUUAAUUUCAAGGGAGAUGUAUUUUUUUUAUACUAUGUUUUUUGUUUUGUUUAACACACUCAUGCAUUUCCCUUAAACUGUGCAUAUACAUUUGUAUUUUGAAUCUGUUACACCUAAGUUAAAAAAAGAGAACUCUAUUGUGAUCCCUGACCAUUUAUGUAACAUAAGAACUCGUAGCUAAAUUCAAGUUCAGUGUUGAAUGCAGCUGUCAGUAUACUGUAUAUUGAUUACUAAAGCUCUUCGCUCAUUGGUCUGUUUGCCAAUAUGUGGUAUGUGCUUGUACUUUUUUUAUGGUUGUCCUGUACAUUAUGUUGGUAGUCAUUAUUUUAUUUUAUUUAGACAUGAUUCUUAUUUAUGAUUCUUUUUAUGAAGUUCUCACUCUUAUACAUAUCUUAGUUGUAACAGCUUUCUGGGAUUGCUUUGCUGUUUUGAUUUUGGUACUGCCCACACAAACUGCAAUUUUAAAAUAAAUAAUAAAAUCUUAGAUACACU